CCCACUUUUUUUUUCCCUUUUUUAUUUUUUCAAUUUUUUAAUUUCCUUUCCUUCUUUUAUUUCCCCUACUUAAAUACCCAAAACUCCCUCUCCUUAAGAUUCCGCAAAAAAAAUAAAAAUAAAAACAAAAAAUAAAAACACCUACACUUUCUCACAUACUCUGUUUUUCCCUCUGUUUUUCUCUCCAUUUUCCAUGACCGGAAAAAGAAACCAAACAAGCCCUGUAGGGAGCCCUCUAUCCGGGAACAUCUCGGACAGUUCUUCCAAAGAGCAUGACCGAUUCCUCCCAAUAGCCAACGUUAGCCGAAUCAUGAAGAAAUCACUCCCUGCAAAUGCAAAAAUAUCCAAAGAAGCCAAAGAGACUGUCCAAGAAUGUGUUUCAGAGUUUAUAAGCUUCAUCACAGGUGAAGCAUCGGACAAGUGUCAAAGGGAGAAGAGGAAGACAAUCAACGGUGAUGAUCUCCUGUGGGCCAUGACGACACUUGGGUUUGAGAAUUAUGUGAGUCCCUUGAAGGUUUAUCUCAACAAGUACAGAGAAAUAGAGGGAGAGAAAAACUCCAUGGCUAGACAAGAAGACCAUCAUCCCCACAGCUCUCCUACAAAUAGUCAUGCGACAAAUGAGAAUAUUGUUCAUCAUCAUCAUCAAAACAGCAAACUUGGUGCUAAUUCUUUAUCAAACAGGGUUGAUUUUCAAGGUUUGAAUGGCGGGUUUUAUUCGCUUGGAUCUCAAAUGACUCAGAAAGGAGGAUAUGAAGAAAGUGGAAGCAGACUAGUCAGCUAUGGAGAUGAUUUCAUGAACACUGCUAGUGCUGCUGCUGCUGGUGCUUAUAAUACGAUGAAUGGGGUUUAUGAGAAUGGAGAUGCUGCAGGCAAUGCAAACAGAGCCAUGGCAGCUCAGCUUCAUCAUGGGAUUGGAUGGUAGAGAUAUUUGGAAAAUUAAAUUAGUCGGUUUCUAAUAUAUUUAAAGCUUUGAUUUUAAUAUUAUCUCUUUAUUGUAUGAAUCUCACUUGACAUACAUAUAUAUAUAUAUAUAUAGUUGGAAAAGCUACAGCUAAAAAGUUCAUGAGCAGAAGAAAUUAGCUCUGGAGCAAAUUCCAAGAAUUUAAUGUUUCCUUUAGUUAAUUUGCAAAUGUAAAGCUAAUUUUAUUCACUUGUUUGAACAAUUGGCUUUUACAGAGAAUUCUGGAGCAUUGACAUAUAUGUCUCUGUUAUAUAUUAACAGCUUUUUACUAGUAAUUAAUCGUUUUCACAUUAAAUUAUUGGAGUUUUUAUCAUAUGCUUGAAAUCAGCACUUGUAAUUUGGAACCAUUUUGUAAAAUUUAGUUCCUUUAUAUUGUUUCUUCACUAAAAGCCCCUAGCAUCUACUACUAUUGUUUAAUUGGGUUUGUUUCUAACAUGACCUAUAUUUGAGCAGAACACAGUUUGGUGAUCUUUUUUAAGGAGCUGAAUUUUGGUUGAAUUACAAAAGGAUUAUAUGGGUAUGGACCAUGAAGGACAGUUGCACCUAUUUC